UGCUGUUUCUUGUCAGUGUUUGCAGCCUGCUCGUGUCACCCAGCCAUGGCACAGCAGGACAGUGCUGCUCAGAAGAAACCUGCUGCUGGAGUCUUGCAGUCUCACUUCCUCGUGGGGUGUAUAUCGGAGGAGAACUCGGAGGAUGAAAUCCAAGGGAAAACAGACCCGCAGCCGGAGGACAAGGACAUCCGCUCGCUGUCACCGUCCUCUUGUAGCUCUGACAGCACCAGUGACAUGGGUUUUGAUCAUAUCGAUGGGCCUAUACACAAUCUAAGACCGAGCAUGUCAGGGCUCCACCUGGUGAAACAAGGCAGGGAGCGCAGGCGGAUUGAUCUCCAGCGGGACUUCACGGUUGCAUCACCUGCUGAAUUUGUCACUCGUUUUGGUGGAAACAAAGUCAUUGAAAAGGUUCUUAUUGCCAACAAUGGCAUUGCUGCAGUUAAAUGCAUGCGCUCCAUUCGUCGCUGGGCCUAUGAGAUGUUCCGUAAUGAAAGAGCAAUCCGCUUUGUUGUCAUGGUGACCCCAGAAGACCUGAAGGCUAAUGCAGAAUACAUCAAAAUGGCAGAUCAUUACGUGCCUGUGCCAGGAGGAACUAACAACAACAACUAUGCCAACGUCGAGCUCAUUCUGGACAUUGCAAAGCGCAUACCUGUUCAGGCAGUGUGGGCUGGGUGGGGUCACGCUUCAGAGAAUCCCAAACUCCCAGAGCUCCUUCAUAAGCAUGGAAUUGCUUUCAUGGGUCCCCCAAGUCAGGCUAUGUGGGCUCUUGGAGACAAAAUUGCCUCAUCAAUUGUAGCUCAGACGGCUGGUAUUCCAACUUUACCAUGGAGCGGAGCAGGCUUGACAGUUGAAUGGACAGAGAAUAACCAAAAAAAGAAAAUCAUCAACGUUCCUCAUGAGCUGUACGAGUGCGGCUGCAUCCAGGAUGUAGAAGAUGGCCUCAAAGCGGCAGAGAAAAUUGGUUAUCCUGUGAUGGUGAAGGCCUCAGAAGGAGGUGGAGGGAAAGGAAUCCGCAAAGUCAACUGUGCCGAUGACUUUCCUAAUCUCUUCAGACAGGUCCAGACCGAAGUUCCAGGAUCGCCCAUUUUUGUCAUGCAGUUAGCCAAACACGCCCGCCACCUGGAGGUGCAGAUUUUAGCUGAUCAAUAUGGAAAUGCUAUUUCCCUGUUUGGCAGAGACUGUUCUGUGCAGCGACGUCACCAGAAAAUCAUCGAGGAGGCUCCUGCUACCAUAGCUACGUCUGAUGUGUUUGAGGACAUGGAAAAGUGUGCUGUGAAGCUGGCUAAGAUGGUGGGGUAUGUCAGUGCAGGCACCGUGGAGUACCUCUACAGCCAGGAUGGCAGCUUCUACUUCCUGGAACUCAACCCCCGCCUGCAGGUGGAGCACCCCUGCACUGAAAUGGUGGCUGAUGUCAACUUGCCUUCUGCUCAACUGCAGAUCGCCAUGGGUAUUCCUCUUCAUCGGAUCAAAGACAUCAGGAUGCUUUAUGGAGUCCAGCCCUGGGGAGACUGUCUCAUUGACUUUGAGAGUCUGUCAAAUACUCCCUGUCCCCGAGGCCACGUCAUUGCUGCACGCAUCACCAGUGAAAAUCCAGACGAGGGUUUCAAGCCAAGCUCUGGAACAGUGCAAGAGCUGAAUUUCCGCAGCAACAAGAACGUGUGGGGUUACUUCAGUGUUGCAGCAGCAGGGGGGCUGCACGAGUUUGCUGAUUCCCAAUUUGGACAUUGCUUCUCCUGGGGAGAGAAUCGAGAAGAAGCCAUCUCCAACAUGGUGGUUGCACUUAAAGAGCUGUCUAUAAGAGGGGACUUCAGAACCACAGUGGAAUAUCUCAUCAAACUACUGGAGACCGAAAGCUUUCAGCAGAACAGCAUCGACACCGGCUGGCUGGACCGGCUCAUUGCUGAGAAGAUGCAGGCAGAGCGUCCUGAUACCAUGCUUGGAAUUGUGAGUGGUGCUCUGCAUGUAGCAGAUGUCAAUCUAAGGAAUAGCGUGUCCAACUUUCUACAUUCUCUGGAAAGGGGUCAGGUGCUACCAGCACACACUCUACUCAACACUGUGGACGUGGAGCUGAUAUAUGAAGGCAUAAAGUAUGUCCUGAAGGUGACGCGUCAGUCUCCCAACUCGUACGUGGUCAUCAUGAACAAUUCUUUAGCCGAGGUGGAUGUGCAUCGACUCAGUGAUGGAGGCCUUCUAUUGUCCUAUGAUGGAAGCAGCUACACUACAUACAUGAAGGAAGAGGUGGAUCGGUAUCGCAUCACAAUUGGAAACAAGACUUGUGUUUUUGAAAAGGAGAAUGACCCCUCGCUGCUGCGAUCUCCGUCAGCAGGAAAACUCAUUCAGUACACAGUUGAGGAUGGCGGACACGUGUUUUCUGGCCAGUGUUACGCUGAAAUAGAGGUGAUGAAGAUGGUAAUGACCCUCACAGCUGCAGAAUCUGGUUGUAUCCACUAUGUUAAAAGAGCUGGAGCAGCUUUGGAGCCUGGGUGUGUCAUCGCCAAACUGCGACUAGACGACCCAAGCCGAAUACAGCAGGCAGAGCUGUACACGGGGACACUGCCCUCUGUCCAGACUGUAGCUCUGAGAGGUGAGAAACUGCACAGAGUCUUCCACAACACACUGGAUCAUCUCGUUCACAUAAUGCAUGGUUAUUGCCUUCCUGAACCUUUCUUCAGUGCUAAGUUGAAAGAAUGGGUGGAAAGGCUCAUGAAGACCAUGCGGGAUCCAUCUUUGCCACUCCUGGAGUUGCAAGACAUAAUGACGAGCGUGUCGGGCCGCAUUCCCCCUGCUGUGGAGAAAUCCAUCAAAAAGGAGAUGGCUCAGUAUGCCAGCAACAUAACGUCCGUGCUCUGCCAGUUCCCCAGCCAGCAGAUUGCAAACAUUCUGGACAGCCAUGCCGCUACUCUUAACAAGAAAUCUGAGAGAGAAGUCUUCUUUAUGAACACACAAAGCAUCGUCCAGCUGGUGCAGAAGUAUCGUAGUGGCAUCAGAGGCCACAUGAAGGCAGUUGUGAUGGAUUUGCUUCGACAGUAUCUAAAAGUAGAAAUCCAGUUUCAAAACGGACACUAUGACAAGUGUGUGUUUGCACUUCGUGAAGAAAACAAAGUGGACAUGGUUAAUGUCGUCAACUAUAUUUUCUCCCAUGCUAAAGUCAUAAAGAAGAACCUACUGGUUACUAUGCUGAUUGAUCAGCUCUGUGGCCGUGAUCCCACGCUGACUGAUGAACUGAUGGCUAUUUUGACUGAACUCACGCAGCUCAGCAAGACAACUAAUGCCAAAGUGGCUCUGCGUGCUCGGCAGGUCCUGAUAGCUUCCCACCUUCCAUCCUAUGAGCUACGACACAACCAGGUGGAGUCCAUCUUCCUCUCUGCCAUUGAUAUGUAUGGGCACCAGUUCUGCAUUGAGAACUUACAGAAACUCAUCCUUUCAGAGACAUCCAUCUUUGAUGUUCUGCCAAACUUCUUCUACCACAGUAAUCAGGUGGUCAGGAUGGCUGCCCUCGAGGUAUAUGUUCGCAGAGCGUACAUUGCCUACGAGCUCAACAGUGUGCAGCAUCGACAACUGAAAGACAACACAUGUGUAGUAGAGUUUCAGUUCAUGCUGCCCACGUCUCAUCCCAACAGAGGGAACAUCCCCACUCUCAACAGGAUGUCAUUCUCAUCCAACCUGAAUCACUACGGCAUGGUGCACGUGUCCAGCGUGAGUGAUGUCCUACUUGACACUUCUUUUACACCGCCUUGUCAGCGUAUGGGAGCCAUGGUCUCUUUCCGCACCUUCCAGGAGUUCACACGGAACAUAUAUGAUGUGUUGAGCUGCUUCUCUGACUCUCCUCCUACAAGUCCUAUGUUCCCAGACGGAAGUACCCCUGUCCUGUACGGGGAAGAGGACAACAAGAGCGUCCAGGAUGAACCAGUCCACAUCCUCAAUGUGGCCAUAAAGACUGACAGCGACAUUGAUGAUGAUGGCCUGGCAGCUAUGUUUCGGGAGUUCACUCAGUCACAGAAAUCGUUGCUGUUUGAACAUGGUAUUCGAAGGCUGACAUUCCUUGUUGCCCAGAAGGAUUUCAGGAAGCAAAUCAACUGUGAGGUGGACCAAAGAUUUCACAGGGAAUUUCCCAAAUUCUUCACAUUCCGUGCCAGAGACAAGUUUGAGGAGGACAGGAUCUAUCGGCACUUGGAGCCGGCGUUAGCGUUCCAGUUGGAGCUCAACCGCAUGCGCAAUUUUGCCCUAACGGCCAUCCCCUGUGCCAAUCACAAGAUGCACCUUUACCUGGGCGCAGCCCGAGUGGAGGUGGGCACAGAAGUUACAGACUACCGUUUCUUUGUCCGAGCCAUUAUUCGCCACUCGGAUCUGGUCACAAAGGAAGCCUCAUUUGAAUACCUUCACAAUGAAGCAGAGCGUCUGCUGCUGGAAGCCAUGGAUGAACUGGAGGUGGCUUUCAACAACACAACUGUACGAACUGACUGCAACCACAUUUUCCUCAACUUUGUCCCUACUGUCAUCAUGGACCCAUCAAAGAUUGAGGAGUCUGUGCGCUCCAUGGUGAUGCGUUAUGGCAGCCGUCUGUGGAAGCUCCGAGUCCUGCAGGCUGAACUGAAAAUCAACAUCCGCCUGACUCCAACAGGAAAGCAAAUUCCCAUCCGCCUCUUCCUCACUAAUGAAUCAGGCUACUAUCUAGAUAUCAGCCUGUACAAGGAAGUCACCGACUCCCGAACGGGACAGAUAAUGUUCCAGGCCUAUGGAGACAAACAGGGUCCGUUACAUGGAAUGCUCAUCAAUACUCCUUAUGUCACCAAGGACCUGUUACAGUCCAAACGUUUCCAGGCACAGUCUCUGGGCACCACUUAUGUCUACGAUUUUCCAGAAAUGUUUAGACAGGCUUUGAAAAAGCUGUGGCAUUCUAGUCAGGCUUAUGCUCAUCUACCUAAAUGUCCUCUUCCUUCUGAGCUGCUCACCUUCACUGAGCUGGUUUUGGAUGCACAGGGUCAGCUGGUGCAGAUGAACCGACUGCCAGGGGGAAACGAGAUUGGUAUGGUGGCAUGGCGGAUGACCCUGCGAACUCCAGAGUAUCCAACAGGACGUGAGAUCAUAGUGAUAUGUAAUGAUAUCACUCAUAAGAUCGGGUCAUUCGGACCCCAGGAGGACGUGUUGUUCCUGCGAGCUUCAGAGAUGGCAAGAGAGUGCGGCAUCCCUCGCCUUUACAUCGCAGCCAACAGCGGUGCCCGCAUCGGCCUGGCGGAGGAAAUCAGACACAUGUUCCACGUGGCCUGGCAGGAUCCAGCUGAUCCUUACAAGGGUUUCAAGUAUCUCUACCUCACCCCACAAGAUUACAAAAAGGUCUCCGCUCUAAAUUCUGUACAUUGCGAACAUGUAGAGGAUGAGGGAGAAUCGAGGUACAAGAUUACUGACAUUAUUGGAAAAGAGGAAGGGCUGGGUGUGGAGAAUCUGAGAGGGUCUGGAAUGAUCGCGGGAGAAUCUUCUCUGGCUUAUGAGGAGAUAAUCACCAUGAACCUGGUCACAUGUCGAGCCAUAGGUAUCGGAGCCUAUCUUGUGAGGCUUGGACAGAGAACCAUUCAAGUGGACAAUUCUCAUAUUAUCCUUACAGGAGCCGGGGCCCUCAACAAGGUGCUGGGCAGAGAAGUUUACACAUCCAACAAUCAGCUUGGUGGCAUUCAGAUCAUGCACAACAACGGGGUGACCCACAGCACUGUCAGUGAUGAUUUUGAGGGAGUCUUUACUUUGCUGCAGUGGCUCUCCUACAUGCCCAUGUGUAUGUCUAGCCCAGUGCCCAUCCUGUGUGCUAAGGAUUCCAUAGAUCGUCCAGUAGAGUUUGUGCCGACCAAGGCUCCUUAUGACCCUCGCUGGAUGUUGGCAGGACGUCCCAGCCAGACUCCAAAGGGUUCCUGGCAGAGCGGUUUCUUUGAUCAUGGAUCUUUUAUGGAGAUCAUGCAGCCCUGGGCUCAGAGUGUGGUGGUGGGCAGAGCCAGACUGGGUGGGAUACCUACUGGUGUUGUUGCUGUGGAAACCAGGUCAGUGGAGCUGUCAAUUCCAGCUGACCCAGCUAAUUUAGACUCUGAGGCGAAGAUCAUCCAGCAGGCAGGUCAGGUGUGGUUCCCAGACUCUGCUUUCAAAACAGCCCAGGCCAUUAAGGACCUGAACCGAGAGGGUCUGCCUCUCAUAGUGUUUGCCAACUGGAGGGGUUUUUCUGGAGGAAUGAAAGACAUGUACGACCAAGUGAUAAAGUUCGGGGCCUACAUUGUGGACGGGCUGAGAGAGUACAAACAGCCAGUUCUGGUUUACAUCCCCCCUCAGGCUGAGCUGAGGGGAGGCUCCUGGGUGGUCAUAGAUCCCACCAUCAACCCUCGUCACAUGGAGAUGUACGCCGAUAAGGACAGCCGAGGAGGGGUGUUGGAACCUGAAGGAACUGUGGAGAUCAAGUUCCGGAAGAAGGACCUGGUGAAAACCAUGAGAAGAAUAGAUCCAGUCUACAUGGCUUUGGCUGAAAGACUGGGAACUCCAGAACUGAGCCCCACAGAUCGAAAAGAACUGGAGUCUAAGCUUAAGGAGCGUGAAGAGUUCUUGCUGCCUAUCUACCAUCAAGUGGCUGUGCAGUUUGCAGACCUCCAUGACACUCCAGGUCGCAUGCAAGAAAAGAGCGUCAUCACGGACAUCCUCGAAUGGCAAACGUCACGUCAGUUUUUCUACUGGCGUCUGCGGCGUUUGCUGCUAGAAGACACAGUGAAGCAGAAGAUCCAAGCAGCCAACAGCGAGCUAACAGAUGGACAGAUCCAGGCGAUGCUGCGCCGCUGGUUUGUGGAGGCCGAGGGAACCGUUAAGGCGUAUCUGUGGGACAACAAUGAAGAAGUGGUCGCAUGGCUGGAGAGGCAGCUAGCUGAAGAAGAGGGUGCCAGAUCCAUCAUUGAUGAAAACAUCAAGUACAUCCGCCGGGACCACCUUCUCAAGCAGAUUCGCAGCCUCGUUCAAGCCAAUCCCGAAGUUGCCAUGGAUUCCAUCGUUCACAUGACCCAACACAUCUCACCUACGCAGAGAGCCGAGGUGGUGCGCAUCCUGUCCACUAUGGAGACGUCAGCCUCCUCCUGA